AUGCAAUUCGACCAUGUUGCAGAGGAGCAGCAAGAAAAAAACUUUACGCUCUGGAUGCAGACUCUCCAACGGGAAUCGCCAGAAUAUCUAGCGAUGCAUCUCGCAGCGACACACCGCCCUGGAAAACCCACUGCAGCGUGCCUCUGGAAGAAUGGCUCUUUCAACAUAUGCUAUCGGGUCAAGUACGAGGACGGAUUCAACGCCAUUGUCCGCUUUGCGUCCCUGGGACGAACGAUAUACCGCAGAGAGAAGGUCGAGAAUGAGGUUGCCACCAUGAAAUAUCUUGCUCGAUACACGUCAGUCCCGGUUCCUUAUGUGCUGGGAUCGGGGACAUGUUGGGCGGGCCCUUACAUUGUCAUGAGUUUUAUCGAAGGUGAACCGCUUGCGGAAUUGCUUAAGAACCCGCAAGAGGGAGGAAGGCCAGUUCUGAAUCCACGACUCAGUGACCGCGUCUUGAGGAGAGCGUACAGGGAAAUGGCUAAACUAGUCCUCGAACUAUCGAAGCCGGAGUUUCGGUAUAUUGGAGCGCUUCGGCAAAGCGAAGAAGACUUCUCCGUUACCAGGAGACCUCUGACUUACAACAUGAAUGAGCUGGCCACAAGCGCAAACCUCCCGCCUCAAGCAUUCCCAACAAGCGUCCUUGAAUCAGCGACCGAUUUCUUUAUAUCGCUUGCCAACCAGCACAUGACGCAGCUCCAGCUCCAGCGCAAUGAUUCCAUCACCGAUCAAGAUGAUUGCGCAAAGAAAUACGUGGCCAGAUGUCUAUUUCGCAAGAUAGCUCAGGAUAUCUCCACGGAGCAUCGAAACGGCCCUUUCCGGCUGUAUUGCGACGACUUCCGCCCCUCCAAUGUUCUAAUCGAUCUGCAGAAUCUCAGCGUCACGGGCGUCGUUGAUUGGGAAUUUACUUAUGCAGCUCCCGCCGAGUUCACGUACAUUGCACCUUGGUGGCUUCUGCUCCAGAGCCCGGAGGACUGGGAGUCGGACCUCGACGAGUUCUUGAAACGUUUCAUGCCGCGCCUCCGUCUCUUUCUCGAAGCUCUCCGUGAAUGCGAGGAUGAGAGACCAAAGGAAGGAGACGAUGUGCCGGCAGUCCCGCAACGUCUGUCUUCGCGUAUGGAGCGGUCACUUGAGACGGGCCUGUUCUGGGUGUGUCUUGCGGCCAAAUAUAGCUCCAUGUUUGACGAGAUUUAA